AGAAUCCUGUCUCUGCUGGUUCAUCUUCGGAGGGAUGAUGGAAACAGGUGUGGGCGUUGGGGAGAAAAGAUGACGCACAUUGUUGACGCACAGCCGGCCCGUCACACACACAUACGCAAGGGCAAGCAGCGUGCUAGUUACUGCAACCAUAGCAGUGUUGACAGUCAUGCUGUGCACGACAGAGCUCAAGACAACAAGGGAUUAGUAGGAACUCGUAGCCGCUAGAAUAAUUAAGAAGAAACUAGAGCAGAAUCGUGACACUUUCGCAGAAGAGAGAGCGAGCCGUCCUAUUUCGCUUAAGAUGUUUCGUGGAAAUAGAGUGACGUUAAAAUGUCUUUGAACUUGAGAACAAACGGAACGACGCUGUUCGAUUUCGAAAACGAAAUCGAAAUUUAAGCAAGAUGUACAAGAUUUGUGCCUGCCAUUCUUUGUUGGGUAUAAAAUUGAUUCGUAAGUUGAAGAUCAUGGCUACAUUUCAAGAUGAUAGCACUGAUGAUGAAAUUGGUGUUAAUUUGCAACUUGCUGAGCGUCUUAGUAUCAAUAAAAGUGACCCUUUAGCUUCACACAGAAGCCUCCCAAAUGGCAAAACUUUAAAACAAUUCCAUAAUUACCAAAGAAAAUAUCGUGAAUAUAAAUCUAGUAGUUCAUCUUCCAGUCUUGAUACUCAUAGUGAUCCUUUAGUUUUAGAAGGUCCAAGUUCAUUCAGUCAUCAUAACAAAAAACGUCAGAAUGGUGAUAAAAAUAUUGAACAUUUUAACAAUUCAAAACGAACAUGUUUAGGUGACAGGUUGGUGAGAUCUCCAGGGUGGAAAAUGAAUGGUAAUGACAUUCCAGAAGUAAUGCAUUAUUCUUCUCAGCCACCAAAUUCUUCUGUAAAAAAUUUAUAUCCUGAUAAAACAUACGAAGAUCAUUUGAAUAACAUGUCAGAUGAUGAUUCCGACUUCCAACCCAGGAGGCGUAUGCCUAGUAAAAGUAUUCCUCAAGGUGCUGGUAAAAGCUCUAGAACAUUCAGAGGGUUUGGACCAAAAAAAUUAUUUGAAAAUCAACCAUCUGGAAGUAAUGGUGUUCAUUUAAUUGACAGCACUAGUGAUGAUGAUUCUAGAACUGUAAUGCGAAAUGGGGCUUUGAAAGGAGGAAGGCAGUCCCCUGAAAUCUCAGAUAAGAAGAGAUGGAGCCGUAAAAUUACAAAGGUUUUAGAUAGUGAUUCAGAUGAUUUGCAAGUAGACUAUCGCAGUCGCCCUGUUAUAUUUUCUUCAUCUUCAGAUAGUGAGGACUGUAGGCCAUAUGAAAAAGCAAAUACCAAAGCAAGUUCAGCUUCUAAAAAAUCUGCCAAUCCUUCAUUUCCUUCUGGAAAUUCUCAUGAGUCUGAUAACAGAUUCUAUACGGAGGAUGAUGAACCUUUGCAUUUAAGAUUUAAUAAAGCUGGUUCCAGUCGCCAAUGUAAUUCAUCUGUACCCUCAUCAUCUUCUGAUUACCGAACUAAAAAUUCUGUUGGUAAAUCUUCUAGAAUACACAAUAAACCUUCUAACUCAUCAUAUCAGAACUUUUAUCCAAUCUCGGAUGAUAUUGAGGCUUCUUUUCAUGGCAGAGGUGGUUCAGGUUCUCGAAAAUCGCAUUCUAGAAGUCCCAGCUCUUCACAAACAAGAUCUUUGCGUAGUCACAGGCACUCAGGCAUUCGCAAGUCUCCCAAGGGCAUUAGUGGACCUCGUCAAAAUCAAGUACAUCCAGCAAAGCAGUCUUCUUCUGAUAUGUUCAAUGGUGAUGGAAAUAACACUCGUAGGUCUCCAAAUUUUCGUUCUGAUCAUUUCCCACCUGUAAAUUUAUCUAUGACUUCUUACCAUCCUAGAGAUGGAAAUCAUUCCAUUAGGUCUAUCACGCAUCCAACUGGUCCUCAUCACAGAGCUAGUACUAGAAAGACUUUAAAAGGAAGGUGUUUAAAUGGUGCCUGCUCUCAGGAACACGAAAAUAAUCUAGCUUCAAUGUACCCUGACAUAUUUGACGCAGAAGAUAGCAGUGAAGUUGAGUUUUUUACUGCAAACUCUUAUUCAGAUAAUGAAAGCAAUACAGAAUCUUUAACUAAUUUACGGGUAAAUCCUAACCCUAGAAGCCAGCCUCAGAGUCAAGAAGCUCUGAGUGAUAACCCUGUUAAUGUUGUUAGUAGUGAAGAUGAAAUAUCCGUAGUUUUCACUAGUGCUCCUCGCCAUAGAACCUCUGAUUCAAGAAGAGUUUCUAGAACUUUAGGGCGUAGGUAUCGGAGAGGCUCUCAAGGAUUUCGUUCAUCCGGUCAAGAUAUAGUUUCAUUGUCACCUGAUCCUGUGGAACAGGUUCGGCAAGUUGAAGAAGAUGAAAGAUUUGCAAGGAUGUUACAAGCUCAAUUUGAUGCUGAAGCUGAUCCAAGUUAUGUGCCAUGCAGGUUUCCAUCUCCUCAUCCUCCUUCUCAUCCUCCUCCUCGUCGCCCACUUAGAUAUUACUCAAGUGGUGAUGAUGAUGACGAGAGCAUAUUUGAUAUACAAGGUGAUUCACCAAACCGAGUAGCUUAUGAUUCAUUAAGCACAACUCCUCUUUUGCGGGGAAUACAUUUUAGGCUGUCUCGAUAUCCAAUAUCCAGUAGUGGUAGUGGUAGGCCAAAUACAAGGAAUCGUCGUAGAAUUGCUGAUAUUGAAUCACAUCUCAUGAAUCUUCACUCGACUACUUUUAAUUUAUUCAAUUUGGAUACUUCUGAGGACAGCUAUGAAGCAUUUUUGGGACUGGCAGAGAUUAAUGGAGAAGUUUCUCGUGGUUUGCAAAGAACUGAAAUUAAUAGACUGCCUACCAGAAAAUAUGUUAUUCCAAAUGGAGCAUCCUCUUCAAAAAAUACAGAAUUACCACAUAAAAGAGCUGAAUUGAAUAAAGAAUGCCAAGUAUGUUUGAAUGAUUAUGUGAAUGGGGAUGUGCUUAGAAUUCUUCCUUGCUUUCACGAAUUUCACACACCUUGCAUUGAUCCAUGGCUGAAGAUCAACCACACAUGUCCUGUGUGCCGAGUAAUUGUGAAUUUGGAAGAAUAAAUAUGCAUACAUUAGUUAAAGACAUUCCUGAAUUGUGCUUAUUAAAAUAAAAAAAAGUAAUGUAAAAAAGUUUUUUAAAAAAUGAAAUUUCUUGAGAAAUUGAUUUUUUUUUUUUUUGUGUUUUAUUUAGUUUUAAGAGAAAUUUUCAUUAACAUAUUUUAGCUCAUACUGCAAAUUAUUUUUAUGUUAUAAAAUUUUGUAAAAUAAUAAUUAACAUUUAUUUUAUGUAAAAUAAGGAGACUAGUUAUUAUUAUUUUUUUAACUCCUUGUUAAAGAGUAUUGAAUGGAAUGUAAAACUGAUUUCAUGAGCAAGAAGCAAAAAAGUUCAAAAUGUAAAAAAAUUUAAGUUUCUUUUUUUGACUUUUAAAGGCAAUAUAUGUGCUGUGAUUAUUAGUUAAUUAAUA